ACCACUUCACAACAACAACAAACUUUUCUCUGCUAACUCCUCUUGUUCGGGAUCGCGCGCGUGUGUGUCUGUGCGCGUGCACGUAGCCUCCGCCGCUCUUUGUCUGUGGAUGUUCAGAGAUAGAAAGUGUGCACCGCUGGAAGGCUCGAGGAGUGCGGACUCCCUUUGCGUAAUGCUGAGGCGUCCCGUGCUCCAACAUCUGGAUUAACUAUUCUCAGUCGGAGCUCGCGGCCCGACACGAAGCAGCUCUCUGGCUGUCUCGUCCUUCUUUACGGAAAGACGUCUGCUGCCCUUUUUCUUUUCUUUGUGUGUGUGUGUGUGUGUCUUCUUCCUCUGGAAUUUAACUCCUUUUGAUACACCGAGUGUGGCGCAUAGAUUAUGUAUUCUUUAAAAUGGGUGCGAACAAUGGAAAACAGUAUGGAAGCGAGGGUAAAGGGAGCUCCAGCAUCUCUUCUGACAUAAGUUCGAGCACAGAUCACACACCAACCAAAGCUCCGAAGAAUGUGGCUACCACCGAAGGUUUAGACUCCGGCACCCGGACCCUGAGCACCCCCAGCCCGGGUCUCAUCCUGCCCUCCAAGUCCUCCUCCCUCUCCUCGCCCGCCCUCUCCAGUAACGGCCAUGACGCCAACUCGUCUUCGCCCUCGUCGGCCCGCGCCGAGACCGUCGCCGUGGUGCACUCCCAACCGGGCACCCGCACCCGGUCGCGCCAGUCCAAGAGCCACCACCACGCCCCCGUGGACCUCCUGCCCGACAACGCCCUCCUGCAGAUCUUCUCCCAUCUGCCCACCAACCAGCUGUGCCGCUGCGCCCGCGUCUGCCGCCGCUGGUACAACCUGGCGUGGGACCCGAGGCUGUGGAGCGCCGUGCGGCUGACCGGCGAGCUGCUUCACGCCGACCGCGCCAUCAGGGUGCUGACCCACCGGCUGUGCCAGGACACGCCCAACGUGUGUCUGACCCUGGAGACGGUGGUGGCGAGCGGCUGCAAAAGGCUCACGGACCGCGGGCUGCGCGUGGUGGCUCAGUGCUGCCCCGAGCUGCGCCGCCUGGAGGUCGCCGGCUGUUACAACAUCUCCAACGAGGCCGUGUUCGAGGUGGUGUCCCGCUGCCCGAGCCUGGAACACCUGAACCUCUCAGGCUGCUCCAAGGUCACGUGCAUCAGCCUCACCCAGGAGGCCUCGCUGCAGCUGUCCCCUCUGCACGGCCAGCAGAUCUCCAUCCACUACCUGGACAUGACCGACUGCUUUUCCCUCGAGGACGAGGGCCUGCGAACCAUCGCCUCCCACUGCCCCCGCCUGACGCACCUGUACUUGCGCCGCUGCUCCCGCCUGACGGACGAGGCCCUGCGCCACUUGGCCCUCCACUGCCCCUCCAUCCGGGAGCUCAGCCUCAGCGACUGCCGCCUGGUGGGGGACUUCGGCCUGCGGGAGGUGGCCCGCCUGGAGGGCUGCCUGCGCUACCUGAGCGUGGCCCACUGCACCCGCAUCACCGACGUGGGCGUCCGCUACGUGGCCCGCUACUGCCCGAGGCUGCGCUACUUGAACGCCAGGGGCUGCGAGGGCCUGACGGACCACGGCCUGAGCCACCUGGCCAGGAGCUGCCUGAGACUCAAGUCCCUGGACGUGGGCAAGUGCCCGCUGGUGUCGGACAGCGGGCUGGAGCAGCUGGCCAUGUACUGCCAGGGCCUGAGGCGAGUGAGCCUCAGGGCCUGCGAGAGCGUGACGGGCCGAGGGAUCAAGGCGCUGGCGGCCAACUGCUGCGAGCUGCAGCUCCUCAACGUGCAGGACUGCGAGGUGUCGCUCGAGGCGCUGCGCUUCGUGAGGCGCCACUGCCGCCGCUGCGUCAUCGAGCACACAAACCCCGCUUUCUACUGAGACCGGUGGGCGGGGCUCUUGGACCGGUCCUCUGACGAGUGGAUGUUGUAAUAUUCCCGCGAUGGGAGUUCAGCGGGCCGAUUGGUUGGAGACUGGCGUGCAAUACUGGCCAGAAUGUGUCUCUCUGAACCCGCCUGGUGGCUGGAAAACACUUCCACAGACUGUAUUUAACGUAUUUAUCUUCAACGAAAAGGCAGAGGAGCAAACAGCGUUUUUCAGUGUUUUACGUCUCCACGAUUUAGACAACGCGCGACGACACGGAGCACCUGGUACAGUAACGAGCAUUGCGAUAUAUUAUAUUUUAACACCUUUACGGCCCUGAAACAUCAUAAUCAUACAGCACUGCAUCUAUUUAUACACGGCGCGUGUCUUCAGAGUAAAACCACUAAGAAUGAAGCGACGGAGCGGAACACGUUUCACUUUCUUUACGUUGCAUACGCACUUUAUGCAAUUGUACUGUGUCAUCAUUCUUUUUCUUUCUUUUUUUCACUCACCCUCUGUAAAUUAAAACUUUCAGCCAGUAGCAUUUGUUUCCUUCUUUUUAAAAGCCAAAUAAAAACAAACUGUCGUUUGAGAUUAAUAGACUGAGAAACACGUUGCCGCUAUAACUGUGCCAAUAAACUUCUUUUAAAAAAGCC